UUAGAGAGACGAAAGGCGAAGUUUUGUUCUUAGUCCUUGUUUCUGUGUUCUCCAAUUUGGUGCGACAAAAAUAAAUCUUCGUCUUUGCUUUCUCUUCUUAUCUUCUCCUUCCCAAUCCAAUUGCACUCAAACAAGAAGAAGAAGAUGCGGCGCUCUGCUACAAGGAAAACCGGUCAACCCAAUUCAGCUUCCGUUAAUUCUUCCGCCGUCGAUCUCUUUCGUUACGCUUCAAGUCGAGCAAGCUCAAAAGAGUUGGAACGGAUCGAUAGCCUAUUUUACUCAUAUGCCAAUGGCUCUUCUGGUUUGAUCGAUCCAGAAGGAAUUGAAAGUCUUUGUUCAGACAUGGAAGUGAAUCCCACUGAUGUAAGAAUCUUGAUGCUUGCGUGGAAAAUGAAAUCUGAAAAACAAGGAUACUUUACCCUGGAAGAAUGGCGCACAGGCCUCAAGUCCCUGAGGGCAGACACUGUUAGUAAAUUAAAGAAGGCACUACCAGAUCUUGAGAAAGAGGUAAGGAGGCUGUCAAACUUUGUGGACUUCUAUUCUUAUGCAUUUCGGUAUUGUUUAACAGAGGAUAAGCAAAAGAGUAUUGACAUAGAGAGUAUAUGCGAGUUGUUGGAUCUUGUUUUAGGGUCCGAGUUUCAUGCCCAAGUCUAUGCGUUUAUCGAAUACUUGAAGAUACAAAGUGACUAUAAGGUUAUUAACAUGGAUCAAUGGAUGGGCUUCUUUCGAUUCUGCAAUGAGAUAAGUUUUCCCGACCUGAGCAAUUACGACUCAGAACUCGCUUGGCCAUUGAUCCUCGACAAUUUCGUUGAAUGGUUACAAGCAAAACAGAGCUAAAAACCUGAUGUCUUCAUCAUACAAUGUAUUUGAUGUAUACGCCAUAGUUAUUGAAGCUCACCUUCGAUUACACAUUCGCAUAGUAGCAGGAUUUUCACUCAUUAUUCCUUUACUCUCUCAACUUCUUUGAAAUCAAUGGUAAUCCCCAUUAUGUUAAAAUUAUCAUUUCAAACAUUCAUGGAUUAUUCUUCUGCUAAUUUACUACAGUUUCUUCCCACUCUUCAUCAUUACGUUAGCCAUUCAAUUGACUGACUACUUUGCAGACUUUUUGUGUAUCCUUUAAAACAAUUUAAACCAAACCCUUUUGAAUGAACGAAAGCAAAAGGCUUUAUCACA